AUGCACCGGAUAAAUUCGUGGGCGAAAGCUCACGCAUCCUCUCGCGGCCAAAGCCAAACCAACCCCAACCUGAAGGCCGACACUAUCGCCGAAACCUCUUCCUCCUCUCAAGAUGUACAGAUGAACGAUACAGUCGAGGGCUCCGGCUCUGCGCCAGGUCCCUCCGAGAAAGACAACACCAAACCAGGCCUGCUCAUUCGUAUGCGCAAUGGCAGCGGCCGGUUCUACAACCACACCAAGGACGCCAUCUUCCACAGCUGGGUCAACGUCCUGCUGGUCUUCGUGCCUGUCGGUAUUGCCGUCAAGGCAAUCGGCCUGAACCCGGCCAUCGUCUUCGCGAUGAACGCCGUGGCCAUUAUCCCCUUGGCCGGACUACUCAGUCACGCUACCGAGAGCGUGGCCUCUCGCCUGGGUGACACGAUCGGAGCUCUGAUCAACGUCACUUUUGGUAACGCCGUCGAGCUGAUCAUUUUCAUUAUUGCUCUUGUCAAAAAUGAGAUUCGCAUCGUUCAGGCUUCUCUGCUGGGUUCCAUCCUGGCGAACUUGCUCCUUAUUUUGGGUAUGGCCUUCCUUCUUGGUGGCCUGCGUUUCCAGGAGCAGAUCUACAAUAGUACCGUUACCCAGAUGAGCGCCUGUCUGCUCAGUCUGAGCGUGACGAGUCUUUUGCUGCCCACUGCUUUCCAUGCCUCGUGGUCGAACAGCGCCAAUGCCGAUCGCGAGACUCUCAAGGUUAGCCGUGGAACCAGUGUGGUCUUGCUACUUGUGUACAUACUGUACAUCCUCUUCCAGCUCAAGUCCCACUCCUACCUCUACGCCAGUAUCCCUCAACGCAUCAUCGAUGAGGAGUCCCACCCCGGUAUCCUGGCCGAGCUCAUGAACAGCUCCUCCGAAUCCUCCUCCAGCUCCAGCGACGAGUCUGUCGACACAACUAACUCAUGGAGUACCGCCAAGCGGAUCAAGAGAGCCAUGAAACACCGUCGGCACCGCAAGUCCAGCACCAGCUCCAAGGAUAAUUCCGUUCGGAAGAAGGUUAUGGACAACGAGAACAAGAGCUCGGUCGGUAACUCGAUUACAAGCAACGCCAACGACUCCAGCUCGUGCGCCAUCGACUUUGGUGACGAAACCCGAUAUGAAGCCGACGACGAUGCGCAGCAUCCUUCGGGUUUCCUUUCGCGUGAUUUCGGUAUCCCGGCCAGUCGUAUUGCGAGCGCGCAAAGCGACAAGUCACGGAAGCGCGAGAAGGAGCGCAAAAAGCGUCGCUUCAAGCGCGAGAAGGCUCGCGAGAAGGCCCCUAAGCCCACAGAGGUAGAACCUGCCCAGUAUGAGCAUAACGGUCCCGGCAUGAAGGGUUUCGCGUCCGCACCUACCUUCGCCGGUAUGGCAGGCGCUGGGGAAGUCGAUGGUUCCAGAAGAAGGUCGCCUUUCGGUCCUUUCCCGUCUCUGCUUUCUAGCACGGUCUUCAGCUCUCAGUCUCCCAACAACUCGCCUCGUCUUGGCGCUGCUGCUUCUCACCCCGGCAUCUCCCGCAGCAAUUCACUGCCCGCACACAUCAGCCGCGCUCCGCCAGCCGGCAAUGCCGUGCAAUUUGCUCGCGGUGCUGCCCGCGGUCCUACGGCCGGUGACGCUGCCGCUGUCGAGCCUGCAGACCGGCAACCCGAGCCUAACAUGUCUCGCACCGCGGCCGUGGUCUUGCUCCUGCUGUCCACCGCCCUGGUUGCCGUCUGCGCCGAGUUCCUGGUCGAUGCCAUUCCCGACAUGAUCAAGAGCUCGUCCGUCAGCGAGGCAUUCAUCGGUUUAAUUAUUCUUCCCAUUGUCGGUAACGCCGCCGAGCACGUUACUGCCGUCAGUGUGGCUACCAAGAACAAGAUGGAUCUGGCUAUCGGUGUUUCCGUCGGUAGCAGUAUUCAGAUCGCCAUUUUCGUCACCCCUCUCGUCGUCAUUCUCGGCUGGGCCAUGGACAAGGACAUGUCUCUCUACUUCACCCUGUUCGAGACCAUCUGUCUGUUCGUGACUGCCUUCGUGGUGAACUUCCUCGUCCUGGACGGGCGGAGUAAUUACCUCGAGGGUGCAUUGCUCAUCGCCGCCUACGUGAUCAUCGCUCUGGCGGCGUUCUUCUACCCGAACAGCAACCAGUCGAGCAAUCUCGCCGGCUCCUAG